ACGGCGGCUAUAUCGAGAUGAAUCUCGCCAAGGAGAAGGUGAAGGACGCGGCGAGCACGGCCAAGGCCAAGGCCAAGAUCACGCACGCCAAGGUGGCCGAGAAGACGGAGGCGGCAACGGCGAGGUCACACGACGAGCGUGAGCUGGCGCACGAGCGGGGCAAGGCCAAGGUCGCCGCCGCCGAGGCCGAGCUGCACCAGGCCAAGGUGACCCACCGCGAGGAGGCCAUGGAGCACCGCCUCCACAAGCGCGGGCACAAACACGGCGGCGGUCACUGAUGUGAGCCACAUUCUGACUUUUCUAGGAAAUUAUUGCAACAGCGGUAAACUUUCUGUUUUCAAACAACAACAUGUAUACUUGUAACAUAGGCAUAGUAAAGGCUAUCAAUGCCACUUUUAUUGAAAUAAAAAAUGCAAAACAUUGUUCUAAAUAACAGCAAGCAAAUCCUAACAAAACUAUUAGACGAAAACUAAACUAAAGCCUAAACUUCUAAUCUCUGAAAUCAGCACACCAAACUUUCCAAUCCCAAUCUAUUUAAAACCUUACAGCGCGUUUGGUAGUUUGAGGGAAAGGGACCGGGAAUUAUUAAAGGGGAAUUGGCUGUGGGAUUAGACAUGAGAAGUGGACUAUUAGUCCCACUCCCACGUUUGGUGUAGGGUGGAAAUUAUACGUGGGAGUUUGACAGAAAAUUAACUUCCUCUGUUUGGUUCAAGGGUCUUGGAAUGGGAGUUAUUAAUGAUACAUUUAGUAGCUACAGAAACUGAACUGACCAAGGCCAAUUAAAAAAGAUUGGCAGUAUAGAAAGUGAGCAAAAAUAGAUACAAACACCAUUUCAGUAGCUCAAAAUGAGAAACUGAAAUUCAAUCUAAAAACUGGGCAAACUAACUAAGGAAAAAAUGUACACUAUCUCUGCACAUGCUGAGAUUAUCCAGGUGUUGACCCAAAAGCCAAUCUUCCUCCGACAUUUCAAGACCUACCUGAGCCAGCUGACAGCAUUUACCAAAUAAUAUACUACUAAUAAUUUGAAUGCAAAAACGAAAAUAAAAUUAGUAAGCAAUAUAAUGUCAUAAGAUCACCGUUGUAGGUAAGAGGAAAUGAGAGCAACACAUGACACAACAAUACCCACACCGGUUGAUGAAAGAGAUGAAAAUAUCCUUUUCUUAUAGCAUUAGCAUGAAUCAAUCA